AGUAUAAUAAGAGGCCAUGAGAAGAGCUUUGAAUAUGUUCUCCAGGUUCUCAUGCCUUUCUUCGUUCUUGAGAACUAAUCCUGCACUUUUUUCUCUCCUUGACAACCACAACCAUGAUCAGCCAUUAAACCACCACGGCUCAUGUCCAAGAGGAGACUUCCAUUCUUAUCUUAUGUUGCUUCUUUUUCUGCUCGAGCUGGAUCGUUUCCCCCCCUCAGCAUAGCAGUAUCUUCUACUUUACCAUUUUUAUUUUUAUUUUUAUUUUUGGCUCAAGCCAAACGAGUUGUGUUGCACCAGCCACUGUAUCUGCAAAAGCCAGUUCUUGUCACCCAAACAAAACAAAACAAUAAGGACUCUUCAAAAGCUUCAGCCAAGGGAACAUCAGAUACAAUUUCAGUAUGCAACACGCUCGAGUUUUCACUAUUCACCCGCCCAUCUUAACGCCGAGUGUUGGGCACAACAAGACCCCAGAGGAAGCCCAGACCAAAGCAAAAGCAUUCACAUACUACUUUGGAUCUGAGUGGAUGGAACCACCCCU